UUCAGUAGUAAACAGAAACGUGCUUUCAGUAAUAUGUCAACACCGGGUAUCUGCAUUCAGGAGUAAAAGUUACAAUGUCGUUUGAAAACCUGAUAAAAAGUCUUCAGGACUGCUUCAUCACUGAAGAUUCAACACCUGGAAAUGGCUGCCAGACCCUCCAGCUAUUUGUCGAUAAACUGUCUGAAUCCUCCAGGAGCAGCGUUAAAAGGAGCAAGGAGCGCAGUUUGGAGGAGGCAGCCCAGCUGCUGAGACAGAUCCCAGAGGCACAGCUCCGUGGUUUGGAGGAAGAGCACCUCCUGCUUCUGGUCAGACUCCUCUUAUCCCUGCAGCUGGAGAUGGUCAGCAUCUCUACAGCCUGUCGUAAGGUGGACCAGAUGCUGCAGCAUUUGGCAGCAAAGGUGGACCACAAACUGGUCUAUAAGGAGACUCUCCACAGUUUUAAUGCCAUAGUCCACAGUGAUCAGGUUCUCUCGUUGGAGGAUUUGCAGAGAGCAUGCAUGUACCUGGAGGACAGCGUAGUUGGUCGAGAGGUUUGGCGAGAAUCCUUCAUGCCAAUGCUGCAGAGAGUAUCUGAAUCUCUUCCUGCUGUGCUACAGGAAGAAUCUCAGAGAGAUGGGCUGAUCUGUUAUAUUACUGCCAAGGUGUGUCUUCAAGCGUUUCAGCUGUUGCCCAACGAAGUUGCUCCUCUGGUGUGGGAGGAAAACCACAGCAAAGAAGCAGUGCAGAGGAUUCUGCAGGCUCUUAUUGACAUACUUGGACAGUGCUGCAACAGGGACACGCGUCUUUUGGCGGGCACAGCGGUGGCGAUGCUGAUCAACACUGCAUCCGAGAGUACAGCCGCUGGAGCUGCAGCCUGGAAUCUGCUGCAGGCCUCUCAUCCACAGCCCUGCCAGCUGACUGUGGGGGUCCUGCAGGUGACAUGUGACCCUGUAGGGAAGGACAGAGUGGACCGGCUGGCUGUGAGCAGAGGCCUCCUCACCUGCUGUCGACCUCACAUCUUACUAAGUCCAAGCCACGACACCACACAGGCCUGUUUGCUGCUGGAAGGUUUGUUUCCUCUUGUUUAUGCAUUGUGUGAGGAGAAGCAGGAUUGUCACUACUUUGCCUUUGAGGUGUUAACAAUGUGGCUGAAGAGAGUGAAGGAAUGUGUGACGGAUCUGUGGAGGAUGACCGGCUCCCGUCUCCUGCCCGACGACAGCAAGCUCCUGCAGCAGCUUACACACAUUAUCUGGACCAAUGCAGAAAGCCCAGUGGAAGGGGUGCCUGAGUUUGCGAGCAGUGCCUUUACUCUGUUGCUGAACCUUUAUGCCUUGGACUCUGAGCAGUUUUGUGACACCAGCAAGACUUUUUAUUUUACCCUGCUUGAACGAUUAUUGAAACUGCCCUGGGAGGCCAAAGCCAAAUACCAUCGCCUUUGUGCUCUGCUGCCUCAUGUGGGAGCUGAGCUGGUGCUGGAUCAAUACACUGAAGUAUCUCGCCAUCUCCUGAACUGCCUAUCGACCAAUCACCUGUCCCCGUGUGGCUCAGAGUUUUAUAAGUGUCUGAUCCAGCAGCAGAGGCGAGAGCUUCCUGUCUCACUCACUGAAGUGGACCUGGCCGGGCGCUGGGCGAACAGCUGGCAGCCUCUCCUCCUGGAGGCUCUGACAUCUGAAGUGACUCUCCUACAGACCAACAGCUCAACACAUUUACUGCCCUGCACCCUCAAGGUUUUUCCCUCGGCCGCGCAUCACCUGCUGGCCUCCCUGAACCCUCAAAAGCCAGGCCACCUGCACGCCUGGGCGUGCGUCCUGAGCUCCUACCGAGCCAUCAGCGGCUGUUCUCCCUGGGCUCUGCAUGGGAGCUCCACCUUUAAAACCCUGCAGCUGGCUCUCGGGUCUGCAGACGACAAAGUGCGUCUGGCUGCCCUCAACUUGCUCUGCUGCAGCCCAAAGACCAGAGAUGUCCCCUCUGCAGAGGAGAUCACGAUACUGAAGGAGUUUAUCCCCCAGAAUCUGAAUUGCGAGUCCUCACCUUUUCGGCAGCACCUUCAGGCUGCGGUGAGAAGGUUUCUGGUUCGUAUCAGAGAUGGCUGCUUGGCACACAUCAGAGGAGUCAAGGGCAAAAAGAAAGAAGAUGUCAGCCAUGAAAACAGAAAGGAUGUUCUGGAGCAAGGGAUUGGUUUUGUGGAGUGGUUAGGCGAGCUUCCAUACAGCUUUCUGUCACCUGGACACAGCUAUCAGAGGAAGAAGACGGUGCUGUUGUUGUUGUCUGCAGUCCUGGAGACGUGCACAGAUACCUGGAGCCCCGACAAAAAGAAGGGACAGCCACCGGCAAAUAUAGGACUUCUUAUUGACUGUGCCAGACAGAGAGGACAGUGGGAUUUCUUCUGCAGAACCAAGCAGCUGCUUCUUAUCAGUUGUCUAGAGGAUUCUACAAAUGAGAUCCGGGAGCUCUCGGCUGGCUUGUUGUUGAGAUUUUUCCCUCCCAGUUUCCCUGCUGAUAUCGCGGAAGUCCUGGAGACGAGGAGUAUGCAGCUUCUGCGCAGCCCACGGGUGCAGGAGGCUCAGAUGGGAGCGCUCAUGAUGAAGAUGCUCCUCCAAAAAUCAGGACAUCGGUGCAGCCUGAGCUGUACUGCCAACGCUGGAAGGAACCUGUGUGUAGUCAGAGUCCUGCUGAAGGAGCUAGAGGAGCAUCAUCUGACAGCCAAAGCAGACAUGAUGCUCUCUGCCAGAACCAAGCCUAUACACGGAGUGUUGUGUGCUCUUCAGAGGUGUUUGCUUGAAGCAGCUGAUGAUAUCUAUACCACACUUGACCACAGUCUGAUGACCAAGUUGUUGGAUCUGCUGGAGAAUAUUUCUCUGCUGCUGCUUGCGGUUCUGCAUGGAGAUUGUGAGGCUCGUGUCUCUGAAAAAUAUGCUCCCCCGUCCUUUUGUGACAUGGGAAACGCCAUCAGCUCUCUGAUAUCCCAACAGUCUGGAGGUGGCCAAACAGACGAGGAGGAGUGUGUCCUGCUGUCUGAAGAGCACAGCCUUGUUCUCACCUGCUGCUGGGUCUCUCUAAAGGAAACGGGAAUACUUUUAGGUUCGUUGGUGGAGAAAGUUCUGAAAGAAUCCAAGAAACAUUCUGCGUGUCUUCUAACUAAACGGGAUUUAAUGAGGGCGUCAGACGUAUUCAAGGAUAUUCUUCUAAAAUGCCGCCACUGGGGGGCAGUAGAGGGCUGCGGUUUAGGCUUCACAAAGUUCUGUACGUCUCUUCUGAACAGCAGUGAUUCAGACCUCAAGGAUAUUCCUGCCCAAAUGCUGAAAGAUGGACUGCAGGUUGUUCAGUGCCCUGGCUCUACGUCUGUGACCCGACGGGCUGCAGGGCUGCCCAUGCUGAUCCUGUGCAUUCUCUCAUCAGAGGAGAUCAGUAAGGCGAGGCCGCUGUUAGCUCUCAGUAUGCAAACCCUGCUGGACACCGCCAGACGUCCCCUCGAUGAGAACUGGGACCAAACCCUGGACCUCCCACAGGUAUGUGCGGUUCACACUCUGCAGGCGUUGGUGCGUGGCGCAGGUUUGGGGGCAGCUGUUCUUCAGUUUGCUCCUGCUGUAGCCGUCUUGUCUCUGACUCUGCUCCGAUCUCCAUGCUGGGCCAUGAGGAAUGCUGCACUGCAACUUUACAGCUCUCUUUGCUCUCGAAUGCUUGGCCAGCGGUCCAGCAGUGUAGAGGCUGGCCCCACGCAACACAGCAUGUCCCCUGCUGCCUUCUUCUUUCACUACCCUACGCUUCAAGCUGUCCUCCUGGGCGAGCUGAGAGGGGCGGCGCAACACCUCCAUAGGCCAACCGCUGGGGCCAAGUUGCAUCUGCAGCCCUCACUCUACCCGAUCCUAACUCUGCUGGCCCACCUCCAGCCUGGCGUUCAAGACUCACCAGAAACGUUGUUGGACUUCCUGCCUCCGUUACUCCAGCUAUCUGCCAGUCCCAUUUAUAGUGUCAGAGUAAUGGCCUCCAAAGCUCUGGUUGCCAUGACACCUCCUUCAGGGUACUUUGACCUCCUCCUAAAGCUGACCUCUCAGCUCCCUGGUCCGCAGGAGUCCUGCAACCACAACCGGCUCCAUGGCCAGCUGCUACAGAUGAAGGCCUUACUGGACCGAGCUCUCUGCUCAGACAGUGUUUGUGUCUAUAGUGUCCUUUCUGACGACCUCCGUGAAGUGGUGAACAGGAUCCAUUCUUCAAUGUGGCUGGGGACCACGGCUCAGUGCUGCCCCCUGGUGAGAGCAGCGUACCUCAGUGUGGCUGGCUCCCUGAGAAGAUAUUCCUGCGAGACUUUCCUGUUGCAGCUCAGUGACAGACUUAUGCAUGAUCUUCAUGCGCCUCAGCAGAUUCUUCAGGUUGGCUUGUCAUCGUUCCAUCAGCAAGCCUUUCACUUCCUCUGUGCAGAUCCAAAGUGGGCUUGUCAAACUUGGGAGAGUUUUUCUGAAGCCUCCCCUGAGCUGAGGCUCUCGCUGGUCACUUGGUUGCUGGACAGCCAGGACUGGCAGCAAAUCGACUUGAAAGAAGUGAUCCAGAGGGUGUUGCAGUCAAACUUGAAGGAGGCUUUGUUGGGCGACAGCGUGGAUUACCGCACCACAUACCUCACGGCUCUGGUUUCUGUGAUGACCGGUGGUGGCUCUGCUUUGCCUCAGCCGCUUUCCGACUCAGAACUUUGUUUGUCCGAGUGUUUGCAUUUAUUACUUCAAGACCUAGAAAUCCAGAAAGGUGGACCAGAGUACCUCUCUCAAGCUCUACAUGCUGCUAGCCUGCUGCUUUCCCAUGUGUCAGAUUUCAGGUUUUACACAGUUUUUUUUUGUGUUACAUGUCAUGUCCUUAUUUUAGACUUCCAUAUUAACAUAAAUUCCUCUAACUUUGACUUUUAUCUAAUAAGCCUGAAGACAUCUAUGCUUCAGCGUUGGUGCAGUAUCCUGGAGUGUCAGCGGGCUCCAGAGGCCCCAGAAGUCCUCAGGAUAGUGUGCAGUGAAGCUCUAUGUGCAGCUGGACUCCCGCUCAUCAACAACCUCAGAGAUCACAGCUCUCUCCCUGCCAUCAUGAUGAGGUUGAUCAACACAGGCCUGUACCUGCUACAGGACCAAAGCCAGGAGGUGAGGCAGAAAGCUGCCUGUUUUGCCUCUUUGCUGCAUCAUUCAAGACGAGGUAACAACCAGAGGAGUGUCUGCAUUAUGCAGAUCAACCAAGCUCUGCUGCUCCUCUUGGACCUGCUGCUGCAGGAAUGCUGGGAUACUCCUGGUGCGCUGGAGGUGCUGCUGUCCCACCUAGCUCAGACUGACCUCAGAUCAGUGCUGAGAGAAGCCUCACCAACAAGAGGGAGUUGCAGUCUGUAUGAGCAGGAUGAGGCCAAUGUGUUUGCAGAACCCUCCGUCAUGUCUGCACACAUGCUGCCCUACCUGCUGCAGAUGGCUGAGAAAUCGUCUCAAUCCUCUGCUCUGGCACAGACUCUGACUGCAUGGGCAGAGAAGAAUACUGCCCAGGUGCUGGAUAACCUCACAGACUGUGAACAGCUCCUGCCAGCUGAAACAUUGUCUCCGUCUUGGUUGGCUCUCCUUGUGGAUCCCCGUUUCCACUGCGCCCUGGGGGGCCUCUUCGCCAGAGCUGUCUUUCUUCUUCAUCUGCUGAAAACCUCUGCUUGCACUCAGCAUCACUGUGAUCCUUUAAGCAUGCAGAUGCGUUUGCAGACAGUUUGCACUCUUCUCACUCAGAAUGGUGUUCAUUUUACACCUGCCUUAGCAGCUACUGUGUCUGCGGAAGAGGCACGACUGUGAGGGAGCAGAGGGGAACGGACCAGUGUGACCUGGGAUAAAAUUAGUUUUUCAUAUUUGAAGAACGGAUAUCACAUGGUCUCACUCUUAAAUGACAAUUGCAGAUGCUGAUGCCGCCAGACGCCAGCCCUUCGUAAAUUUAUGCAAGAGUGAAGUGGGUAGGGUUACUUUGGUGUAUUUCCUUGCUGAGAAUGGGAAGAGACCCUCUGGGAAUUGGGUGGGUGAAGUUUUAUUCAGUUUCAGUGGAGUUAUAAUGGAGAGCUGCAGUCAGAACAAUAGUGCCAGGUUAUUUUUGCCCUGCCUUGUUAUUGUGCUUCUCUCUGCAGCAACAGUAGCAAAGCUCACAUGGGUGCAGUGAUGUAAUGCAACAGCAUCUGGAAAUAUUGCCUGCUUAGCAGCCAGUGGGGGGUGUGAUGUGUGGUUUAGUUUUCCAUUAGAGGCUUUCUGACUGGAUAAGUGUCUAUUUUCUAAACCACAUGAGAGCUGAGAGCUGGUUCCGAGGGAUCUGAUUGAAAUCUGGUGGUUGGCCCAUAACAGGCCACAUGUUUAGACUAGCCUUACGUCAUCAGAUAGCCCGCUGACAACUACCAGGAUUCAAGAAGCCCAAAUGUUGAACUUACUGUAUAAGUUUCCAUGUUAGCUGUUUAGUAGGAAUUUGUCACAGAAAUGAAAUUUCGUUGAUGUGGAAAGUAGAUCAAAAUCUGUCUGUAAACCAGAAGAUGUGGCGCUUUAUCUCAAUUUGUUUCUCACUUUCCUUUUUUCCUUGGCGCACUCAGUGCACACAAGAUCUGUUGCAUCAUUGUGUGCACGGAUUAUACAACAACUGUGACAAUAAGCCUGGAUUAAUGAUUCAUACAGAAAUCUUAUCCAGGCUUUUUUCCAUCGGUUUCCUCAAGGUCCACACCUAGUGUCCAGUAACAUGCCCCUUAUUGGAACUUGACUUUUAUUUUUGUCAAAAUGUAAUAUUUCGGUAAAUAAUUCAUCAGUUGCAUCGGUUUUUAGCAACCUAUUGUCAUAUAAAAUAUUUAUGUUUUAUAUUGAAAACUGAAUGAGCUAUGACUACAUAAGUAUAUUACUAAUGAUAUUUUAUAUAAAGUUUUGGUUCAACAAAAUGUGUUUAAUUUUGGAAUGAUUGACAAUAAUUAAGUGCGAAUCAUGAAAUCAAAGGGGUUUUUUAUCACUGAAACCUGAUCUUUUUCCUCAGAGUAAUCUUAAUUUACUGAAGGUGGAGUCAGAUUGUCUUAAAGUGGGAAAAGGACCAUCUGGCCUGGUAAAAGCAUGUGGAGUAUCAGCAAGCUGCUGCUUUACUGACAGUAGGGAGAAAGGCCAAGUGCAGAGGGAACAGCCACUGUAAUGAUGUGUGUAUAUAAGUGAGACAUACGUACCAUUUGGAGCAUGAAAGGAGUGUUUUUCCACUGGUUCAACAAGUUACCUAGUAAAUAAAAUUUUAUUAUUAAAUAUUUCUAUUGUAAAACUCUGUUCAAUUUUAAAUCAUUUUAUAGUGCAAGUUUUAAGAAGAAUAGAUUUUACUGAAGGAUUGUAAUCUGAUCACUCUUUAGUGAUGAACUUAUAUCAGCAGACAUUCUUUUUUUAAAAAAUGUUACCUAUCAUUGUUUCCUCAAGCAAUGCUUUGGAAAUGUCACAGUUAAGACUUUCAAGACAUGCAUAUUACACCAUUGCAAUACACCAAUGGAGGCCCGUCGAGGGCCAAUGCGGCGCAUUUUGAGCGUCUAGCACGGCGUGAUUGGAACCGUUUUGAGCGUUUGACCGUCCAACUUGUCCGAGGCUCCACAUAAUAGACUUUGAAUGUAAACCAGACGCGCCGGAUGCUCAAAACGCAUUUGGGGUGAACUCACCACAAAUGCACAUGCAAAGAGCUUGAAGCGACAGGUGUGAUUUUGACGCGCAAAGCGCAUUUGGUGUGAACGCACCAUUAGGAUUUGACUCAAAUGGGGUUAAAUUAAAGGGGUAGUAUUUUAGUAUAAUUCUCUAGCACAAUCACGCAACUGUCAAGCAACUUCACAGUUUGAAUGUGAAGGAAAGUUUCACUUAUAAAAAAUGCUGUAUAUAUUAAACAUGAAAUUUGACUAAUUUGACGUCUUGAAAUUGGACCUCUGUCUCUUUAAGAAGCUCCUGCUCUUUUCAACACUGUUUUACAACCAUUCUUGGGAGCAGUGGGUUGAGAAGUAUGUUGUGUCAUGAGCUCAGCAGACUCGCAGUUCUACCAGGUGUUUGCUAAUUUGCAGCUGCCGCUAGUCUGAAGGAGCUGACUUCAUGGGUUGUGCUCUGUGGGAUGGAAACUCAGCUGGAGACUGCAGCUCCAAGGAAGAGUUUUGCAUAAACAGACGGCACUUUGGGAGAAUAAUCAGGUCCGUUUAGAAUUGCUGCCACCAGUGACGUUUUUGUUAAUAACGACUAUAUUUCGUUGACAGCUUCAACUCCCUUAAAGAAUGGAAGGCAAUACAACCCCCGAGAAGUAUCUCGGUACAGACAUAAGUGAGAGAAUAUUCUUGAGAUAGUUUGAAUGUGAAGGAAAUAUCCUACCGGGAGAGUUCAGAAUGUCUCAGCAUACAGGACAGAUGCUGUGUGUUUGUUCUGAUGAUUGCCUGAAAACUGGAUGAGCAUCUUUUUGAAAAGUGGUUUAGUUUCGCUGUGGCUGAGUCACAUGUUGGCUGGCCUCAUUA